CCCGCGGCGGCGGAUGGCGCCGGCAGGCUGCCGGCUCCCGCGGGCAGGGCCGCAGAGGGUCUAGGGCCCGCGGGCAGGCGCCGCUCCGCACCAUGCUGGCCGCCGCUUGGCUGGACAGAGCCCUGUGGGGGCUCCUGCGCGGCGCGGGGCAGAGGCGGCCCGGCGGCGGCACCACGCCGCUAGGCAGCCGACUUGGGGCGGCGGAGAGGGGCGGCGGAGGGACGGGCGGCCGCAGCCACGGGAACGGCGGCGUCUUCUGCCCGGGGACUGCGGCGGGGCCCUCCCUGCGGCAGCAGCACCAGCACCAUCGCCAGCGGCUGCUGCGGUCGCCGGCCGCCGCCUGGCGCCUCCUCAGCGGUGGGGCCGGGCCGAGGAGCGGUGGGGCCGGGCCGCCGGAGCCCCCCCGGGAGCAGCGUGUGGCGGGAGCCUAUGCUGAACUGUAUGAAAACCCAUGGACAAUCCCCAAUAUCCUGUCCAUGGCAAGAAUGGGUCUGGCUCCAGUUUUGGGCUACUUGAUUGUUGAAGAGAACUUCAACGUUGCCCUGGGUGUCUUUGUUCUGGCUGGCGUGACGGAUUUGCUGGAUGGAUUUAUUGCACGGAACUGGGCUAACCAGAAAUCAGCUUUGGGAAGUGCUCUUGAUCCUCUGGCUGAUAAAAUUCUCAUCAGUGUGCUCUACGUAAGCCUGACUUGUGCAAAUCUUAUCCCAGUUCCCCUGACUUCUGUGAUCCUCCUGAGGGACGCAGCUCUGAUUGCUGCUGUGUUUUAUGUGCGGUACAAAACUCUUUCUCCACCGAGAACACUCAGCAGAUAUUUUAACCCCUGUUAUGCUACUGCCCAAUUGAAACCAACAUUCAUUAGCAAGAUGAACACAGCGGUGCAGCUCCUCUUGGUGGCAGCUUCCUUAGCAGCUCCUGUCUUCAAUUAUGUGGACAGUAUCUACUUGCAGACACUAUGGUGCAUCACAGCCUUCACUACGGUGACCUCUGCCUACAGCUAUUACCGCCACGGGCAGAAAACGGUUCAGGUGAUCAAUAACAAAUGAAGUGUUCCUGAGAGGAUCCCUUUCUUGGCAGCACUGCUGAAGAGGGUUGGGAUUACAACUUGAGGUUUGGAUCAAGAACUUUUGGAUUGUUUUCUUUUUUUGUUUCUUCCUCCUUUCCUGCUUAAACUGUGGCCCUGCAGUGAGGUGGAGCUGGAGCACAGAACUGUGUGUAUAUAUAUAGAGAUUUUUUUCACUCUAUUUUUAAUUUCUUUAAGAUGAGGUUGUUUACAAACCCCAAAUAAAUGAUGUUCUUAGAUGCA